UAAAAUCCUCAGAACCUUAAUUAAAAAAAACCCAAAUAAGCAAAACGACACCAACUGCCGCAACCUACACCGCUACUGCGCAUGGCUCGAAAGUUUACUCCUUUGACAGUUUAAUUAAACAGAAGUUCGAGAAUCCACUUACAAGUUACCAUCCAUGGCUGCGACUGCUCAUUGCGGCGCCUGUUUCUCAAUUCCCAAUUUCAGGUCCCAACGCACUAUCAAUUCCCAAUUGGGUCCCAAUUUCAUCAAACCAGUCUCUGCCUCCAAGAAAACCACGACAGUUGCAAUUUCCAGGCUUAGAUUUUCUCAAGCAGCGCCGGUGCCACGGAGACCCGUAUUUCGGGUAUGGGUGGUUUCCAACUCGUUCCCAGAGGCAGACCCAAGUGAUUCAAGUGCGGCACAUGAGGGUCCAAUUUUUGAUAUAAAACUUCCUAGAAGGAGCUUGCUUGUGCAAUUCACUUGUGAUAAAUGUGGUGAAAGAACAGAGAGGCUCAUAAAUCGAUUAGCCUAUGAACGGGGACUUGUUUACGUGCAGUGUGCAGGGUGUGAACGGCAUCAUAAACUAGUUGACAAUCUCGGCCUUGUGGUUGAGCAUGACUUGCGCGAGGAAACAAGUGCAGAAUCGGAUGAAGUUUCAUGAGUGACCAUGGAUUCAGCCACAAGCAAUGCUAAGGAUAUAUGGAAGAACCUAAGAAAGUCGGAUUAUUGUUUCAUAUAUUUCGAGUGCCAAGAAGAAUCAUAAAUGUAUUGAUAAUGUUAGCAACUACAUCUGAUAUAAUAUAUACGUACAAAAUUC